UUUGGGCGCAUGCAUGCAUGAGAAAUGGUCGACGGUGCCAGAAGCGAAGCGAUAACAGCGACGGAACACAGUGACUUGAUGGCGACAGGACGGGGAAUUCAGCUGACAAAAAUGCGACGCAGUGGGACAGUAGGGACAAAUGAGACGAAACGAAACGCAAUAAUGCGGCGCGGCGCAGAGUAGAAUUGGGAACUGAAGCUGGAUGGGGGGUGGUCUGCAGGGUGAGGAUGGCUGAUGCAGCGUCCUGCAAGCUACUUGAGAGAUUCUGGGAAGUCUGGUACAGAGCAGGGCUUGUGCCUUGUGGGUUGCGGUGCGGGCAGCGGCCGGUUGCAGCAGCAGCGGGAGGUCGGCGGGAGAGCCCUGUGGGUUUUUGGAGCUCAAGGAUGAUGGGAUGGGAUGGGAUGGGAUGGGAUGGUAUGCUAGGUAUGGUCAGUCCGGAGAGCUCUGGCCUGCGCUUUUACCUCCUCUGGUCUGUCUGGCCCCAUGUCUUUCUACUCUUGCUGGUGGGCGUACGGUCGUGCGGACGUGCUCAAAGCGACAUCACUACUGGCACCAGGCACACACACCUGCUCUGGAGUCUUGUCUCUUUUCUCCCCUCUCUUUCUCUCACACACACACAUUCAGGGGCCUGUGCUUGUUCAAACAUCCCAGUAAGCCCCAUCACCCCCAACUUCUACGCUCUAAGCUAUCUAACCCCCGGCGGCGCGAGAAGCCAAGCGACAACCUCGAAGCGCGGACCUUUUGGAAGCAGUAACGUUGGGCUUAGCGUGCGCGGGUCUGGUCGGGGGAUGCAGCCCCUAGAGCGGCGACGGAUGCCCAGCACGCGGGCCAGAAAGGUGGCCGCUGUAGGGGCUUGUCGUCUGCCUUUGCUUUGCCUAGGUAGUGUGAGUGUGGUAGGUGUGGUGUAGUUACUUUCUUCCAUGCACAGACAUGUCCACACGCCUCUUAAUGCUCGCUGGCCAUACGCUGUACGCCAGUCGCGAGCCGCCAGUACAGUUAUUCUUCAAGUGUCCGCGGCAAAUGGGAACUCGAGGCGACCAGCGACC